CUCUCUCUCUCUCUGAUUCUCUCUCCCCAUUCCCUCUCCCUCUCUCUUUAUCUAUCUCUAUCUCUCUCUGGUUCCCAGUGCUUUACAGAACUGACCAGGGAUGCAGCAUUACUACUAGUGCUAUUACUAUUAUUAUUAUUGCUAUACCAUUGCCUAUGUAAUCGACUAAAUUGUCAAAACUACUCAGAAAUUAGACUGGAGAAGAAGUGCAAAAAAGUGAUAGUUGCAUUAUAUCUUACAAAAGUACUGUUUUUUGAAAAAAAAGAAGAAAUUUAAUCGAAAUGAGAAUAGAAAGAAGUGUCAUUGCGUUCGGAGGUAGACGGAUUAUCUGUUUUGAAAGUGAAAGUAUGAGAUCGCGAGAAAAAUAAAGAUUUACAACCAUAAAUUUGCAAGACGACAAGAUAUCUUUUCAAAUGCAAGCGAUCGGAUUGUGCGCGGAAUAUUAUCUUGAGAUUUUGUCUACGGAGACGUGAAUAAUGAUCAGAAGGAAAUCGUUCAGUGGCCUUGGUGAUAAAUGUUUCCCGCAAGGAAGGAUACACUGUGCGGUAAUUCACAGUUAAUGUGUUAUCUGCCAUAGUACUAGAUACGAAACUGGUCAAAUCAGAAUCGAUCCCCAAUUAAUAUCGUCGAAUGGAGUGCAAUAUUAACUCCAGAAUCUGAAGAACAUUAUCGUACCGUUGAAAUCGGGAGAACGAACAAAAAGCGUAUCAAAAGCUAAACUGCAAAAUUCCAACUGAUCGAACAUGUAGGAAGGAGCCGCCACAAGGUGAACGGCGGCCUUCGAAUUCGACCGACAGCGCGCGUGAGCUUCCCCUCCUCCCCCCUCCCUCCCUCUCCUCUCUCUCUCUCUCACUCGCUCACUCAUUCACUCGUAUGAUUAAAAGUCGCGAGAUUGAGCAUGUACACACCAAGCCAGGACAAACGUGUAUACGGUGCACGCGGCGAGAAGACGUUUAUUACAGCGCGACGUACGAGUCCCUGUCACUUGCACGAUCGGCGAAGCGAAUGCGCCUCGUGAUCGGGAAACGUCGGCUUCCAAGUCGCGACGGUGGACGAGCGCUCUCGAUCGAAGCGGGCGCGAUCGCGUGGAAACCUCCGCCAAGGGAGAGAUAGAGACGCGCGUUUUUACUACGGCUUCAUGCUCGUAAGCGGGGAUGCUUGACUUGCAUGACGGUCGAUUUGAUUAAAAAAAAAAAAAUAAUUACCCCGCGCGAUGAACGAGAAGAAACCGAAUGAGUUAAUCGCGGAUUAUAUCGGAGAUACAUGUCUCGCGGGGCAUAAAAGCUGUGAAUUGGUUGGUCGUCGACGACGAGCGCGAGUUUCGUGGAAUCGGCAUUUGUCCGCGCACGCGUGAAAAGCACUUUCUCGUAGAAAUUGAAGUAGACCGAUGACACAAUAGAGAUCCAUUACUUCCGGGGUGUGAAUAAUAACAAAAUAAUAUAAUAAUUUCGACGUGCGCGGAGAAACGACCACGCCGUGACAACGACAGCAACGCACGACGUUCAAAAUGUGGAAUAUGAUGUGUGACGUGAUGCCGACGAUUGCGGAGGACAGCAUGAGCCAGCGGAGCUCGCAAUUCUCCGGCGAGGAUGGGAAUAUCGAACAACUGAUGGUGCAAAUGCUGGACGAGCGCGAUAAGAUGAUGGAAUCGAUGCGCGAGCACCAAGAACGGUUGCAGGAGAUGGAGGCGCGAUUGGCGGAGGUCGAGAAGGAACGGGAUGCCUUGAACCGUCAGCUUAAUGCAAAUAUCCCGCAGGAAUUUUCACAGCUGACAAAAGAAUUGGCGGCGGCGCGAGAGAGUAUCCUGGAAAGAGAAGAAGAAAUCUCCGAAUUAAAAGCGGAACGAAAUAACACACGUCUCUUACUGGAACAUCUAGAGUGUUUAGUAUCCCGACAUGAACGAUCGCUCAGAAUGACGGUUGUGAAACGUCAGGCCGCUGCGCAAUCCGGUGUAUCGUCUGAGGUAGAAGUACUCAAAGCUUUGAAAAGCCUUUUCGAACACCACAAAGCUUUGGACGAAAAGGUACGUGAACGUUUGCGCGUGGCCCUCGAAAGAAAUACGAGUCUUGAGGAGGAACUAGCCCAUACCAAAGACGAAUUCCAGCAAUAUAAAAUAAGCGGGCAUCCUCCGAAAGUAUUAGAUGAUAGACCAAAAGAGAAUGGACAGGCGGACGAAAAUCAGCAGCACAAUAAGAAUGAGACUGAGCAGGCAGCAAGCCAGCCACAACAGCAGCAGCAGCAGCAACAGCAGCAGCAUUACCAGCAACAUCAAUCGCAGCAGCAGCAACAGCAAUCGGUACAAAAACCAGGUACAGAGAAGUCUGCCGAAGUUGGCAGUAGAUUGAGCAAUGGGAGUCUUGAUCCAGCUGAACAGGAUUCGGCAGUACGAGUAAUAGAUUUACAAGCCACUCUUGAUAAGCAGAGCUCGGAGUUAACUACAUGGCAACGACGAGUAGCAGAACUAAGUGGACGCGUCGCUGAAUUGGAGGAAACGUUAUCCAAAACGCAAAAAGAUCUUCUGAAGGCACAAGAGACAGGUCUUAAACUGCAAAGAGACUUACGAGAGAAUGUGGCACAAAAAGAGGAUCAAGAGGAGCGAAUAGCAACUUUAGAAAAACGAUAUCUCAAUGCUCAACGGGAGUCUACUAGUCUUCACGACCUCAAUGAAAAGCUGGAGCAAGAAUUGCAGCAUAAAAAAGCUCAAUUAAAGCUCCAAGAAGAGAAAAUUGCGGCUAUACAAGAGAAAUUAGAACUUGCGGAACAGAAACUAGCUCAAUAUGCUAAGUUACCAGAAAUGGAAGAGCAAUUGAAACAGAGGAUGGAGGCUCUGACGCAGGUGAGGAGGCCCAACCAGCAGGCUCAGGAAAGGCAUGGUAGCGCGGAGGAUAGAAUUCAAAGACUGGAAGCACAAUUAGAAGAAAAGAAUGCAGAAGUGAUACGUGUUAAUCAGCGGCUAAAGAUGAAUGAAGAGCAUAACACACGUCUUAGUACAACCGUUGAUAAACUUUUAUCUGAAUCCAAUGAAAGAUUGCAAGUGCAUUUGAAAGAAAGAAUGCAUGCAUUAGAAGAAAAGAACGCACUUACUCAAGAACUUGAGAAAAUGAGAAAAGUGGCAGAGGAUCUGCAAAAUGAAAAGGCUGAUAUUGUGAAGGAAUUGGGCAAGGCACGUCUGGAAAUCGAUAACGUUAAAAGACAAAUGCUCCAGCAGGAAAUUGCAUUUAAUAUUCAGCAAACAGAUGCGUUAACGAGAAGUUUGUCGCCAAACGCUGUGGAUCCAGGUCCAUUCUCAAGGAGCGCGAGUCAUAGCAGUUUUGAUACACAUUCGUUGCCUAGAAGAGGCAAACGGUCUAUUGAAGAUGAUUCGUCAAAGAAUUAUGUUGCACGGACUUUGGCGGAGCAAGAGUGGGAAAAGCUACAACAAGCGCAUGUGCUAGCUAAUGUCCAACAAGCGUUUGAUGUUUCGAGUGAUGCAGAAGGGGAUGGGGAUAACGAAAGUAUCUUCAGUUGCUCGGCGGAUGUAAUAAGUCCUACUGGACAUACGGAUGCCCAAACAUUGGCAUUGAUGUUACAAGAACAAUUAGAUGCUAUUAAUAAAGAAAUUAGAUUAAUUCAGGAAGAAAAACAAAGUACAGAAGCACGUGCAGAAGAACUGGAGUCUCGCGUCGGCAGUCUUGAACACAUGAAUCUAUUAGCGAGAGGUCGAAGCCUCGAACGAGCAUCGCCGCCACUGAGCGGGCGAUCUACACCAAAAUCGCAUCACAGUCCAAGCAGGGAUUAUUUGCAUAAGUACCACACCGUUAGUAAUCACGCACCUGCGUCAAUGUCUCCGGCGCAUUUACAUCAAUAUGCUGCUUCCUUAGCUAGUCCGGGCCAAUUAUCGGAAUCUCUUCCUGCCAGUCAGUUGCAGUUGUCAGGAGAGGAACUGCACUCGGUUAGCGAAAGAGAUAGUGUUGUGAUAGGAAGCGGUAGCAGCGAUGCAGCAUCUCCUUUAACAGCUAGGUCUUUGAGAUUGGAACGAGUCGUUCAAGCAUUAGCCCAUAGCCAGGAAGAACUUAGAAGACGUACCGGACAGAGCGGAUUUCCAAGUGGUGGUUUUCCCACGCACAGGCAUGGGCAGCAUAACAACGGCGCACUCAAUUCUGGAACUCCUCCUUCCCCAUUGUCCUCACGCCACAGCAGCCAGGACAGUUUGCACAAGAACAACUUCUCCAGUGUUGGGCUACCCAUCGGACAAUUAUCGACAUCGCACCUGCACAUACAGUCGACUAUGAGCCCUGCCACAGCAGCCGCGGUUGCGGCCGCACAAAAAAAGAAAGGCAUUAAGAGUAGCCUCGGUAGAUUUUUCAGCAAAAAGGAGAAGAUCAAAGGGAAAGAUACACCAAUGCCGGGGGAUGUACCAGGUAUGGGAGGUGCAUGUACACCAGCUGAUCCAGACUAUGGGGACAGUGUGUCAGUAGCUGGUACGGUUGGAAGUAAAAGUGAUUUUGAUCGUAGGAAAAAGAAGAGUAUGUUGGACUCCUCGCGGCACGAGCUUUUAGCAGAAGCGAUGAAAGCCGGAACGCCCUUUGCUUUAUGGAACGGACCAACGGUAGUUGCCUGGUUGGAGCUCUGGGUAGGCAUGCCGACGUGGUAUGUUGCUGCUUGUCGAGCAAAUGUUAAAAGCGGUGCCAUCAUGAGUGCUCUUAGCGAUACCGAAAUUCAACGAGAGAUUGGUAUAAGUAAUCCUUUGCACCGAUUAAAACUGAGACUAGCUAUUCAGGAAAUGGUGUCGCUUACAAGUCCAUCAGCGCCAAAAACUUCUCGCACAACAUUAGCAUUUGGUGAUAUGAAUCACGAGUGGAUAGGUAAUGUCUGGUUACCAAGCCUCGGGUUGCCUCAAUACCGAUCGACUUUCAUGGAGUGCCUUGUUGAUGCUAGAAUGCUCGAUCAUCUUACAAAGAAGGAUCUUCGUGGUCAGCUGAGAAUGGUUGACAGCUUCCAUAGAACAAGUUUGCAGUAUGGCAUUUCCUGUUUAAAACGACUAAAUUAUGAUAGACAGCAAUUAGAAGAGAGAAGACGAAUGGCAGAAGGUGCCAAUAUAGAUGUACUUGUGUGGAGUAACGAUCGUGUCAUAAGAUGGGUACAAUCAAUUGGUUUAAAGGAAUACGGGAAUAAUCUCUUAGAAUCAGGAGUGCAUGGUGCGCUCGUAGCUUUAGACGAAAAUUUUGAUGCAAACAGUUUUGCAUUAACUUUACAAAUUCCUACGCAGAAUACACAGGCAAGACAAGUGCUAGAAAUGGAAUUUUCCAAUCUGUUGUCGAUGGCGACGGAGAGACGUCUGGAUGAGAAUAGCAUGAAAUCCUGAUCCAUCCCGUCAAGUCGGCUGCCUCAUAUUCAACCACAUCAUGUCUAGUCCAAAACCCCAGCUAUUGCUAUUAUCUAUGCGUGUGUUGUAAAAGUUGUAAGAGCUUUAAGUAUCACGCUAGAAGUAUCUCUUCAUAUUGUUAUGACAAAUGUGACAUUUGGUAAUACCGAGGUGUGUUUUGACAUAAGCUUAUAUAAGUUAAGAUAAACUUACACGAUACAUUCGAUACUUAAGGAUCCAUCUGAUCGAUUUUUAUGCUGCACGCGCAUAAAUCGAUGCGCCAUAUAUACCACAUUAUAUACCUUUUGAUGAAGAGGAAAAAAACUAGUUAUUUCGAGCAGUUUUUCAUAUAGAUAUUGAAAUGUAGCAGGCAAUUGUUAAAUUAAAUAGAACGACACAGUGAUGUAUAAUAGCACUCUCCUUAAAAGCAUGAGAUAUCAAUUGCAGACGAUUACGACAAUAAUUCUUUCUGAGUUAACUUCAUUUGUUUAUUAAGUCGAUAAGUCUCAGUAUUAUGGUGUCGUGUAGUAAAGUAUAUUUGUUGUACAACUUGGUACAAUAACCUGUACUUAUAAAAUUCAAUAAAUAUUUAAGGCAGGGUAAGUUAAUACUUUGUACCGCACAAAGAAGUGGAAAAACAAGAGUCUACGAUAUCGUUGCUUUUGAGGAAAUUAUUCAUAUAUGAGGUGUCCUGUAACUGGUAAUAUAAUAGGAAGAGUAAAUCUAUGUGAAAAAAUUAGUUGAACAUGUUAAAUAAGUUCUUUUGUUGACAAAAUUCUCUCUUUGUUAAACUCGGAUAGACUGUGAAUUACUAAAUAAAUUUUGCUAUCGAAUUUACUUUAAUGUCUAUCCGAAUACAAAUUAUAUAAGAUUAUAUUUUCAAAGUUAAAAAUAGACUUAAUGUAUUGUAUGCAUAUAGCUUUCAAUAUUUUAGAUUGUUUUCAAUUACACAGGGUAUCCUCUUAAUCUAAAUAUGUAAAUAUUUCUCUAAUUUUUAUGAUAGAAAAGUAUAUCUGAAGAAAAACAGUAUUUAUUUUGUAGGAAUACAUUCUGAUUUAGAAGAACCUUUUUUCAAGAAGUCACAAUUUUUAAGAUUUCAAGAUUAUUGAUAUUUUCUUAAAUAAAACCAUAUGAUUUAUUUUAUAUGAGUCGAUCUAAAAAUAAAUAUUUAUGAAAGUAUUAAAAUAAGAUCAUCCUAAAGUAAAUAGAUUACGAGAUAUACUUUGUAAGUCAUAUUUUAUUCCAAUAUAUUCUGACAAGAUAUUAAAUAUCAUCACAAGAUGUAGCUAUCAAGAAUUUUCACUUUUUGAUGAUUUUGUCUUAAUACUUUUAUAUAUAAAAUAAGGAUAAAUAAAUGAAUGACAUACAUUUGUAGAUACAAUUCAAUUGUGAACACAUUGAUGUAAAAAAAGUAUACAAUUUUAUUUAAAAAUUACAAUAAUAUUAUUAUGUUACAAUUGCUGUGCUUGUGCAAAAGUAGAAUCAAUUUUAUUUGCUACUGCAUAUACAAAAGUAUUCAAUUAUUCUGAAUCAAACUAUUACAGAAAUACAUAAUGAAUACUUUUUAUUUACCUUUAUGUAGUAUUUUUAUUUUAUUCUUUACAUAUAUUUAAGUCACCUUCCAACUUGUAUCAUAGGACACCCUGUAUAUAUUGUAUGCAAAAGCUGCUAUGUUUCUAUAUCUAUAACAUCAGAUAGCAUACAGCUAGAAAGCUGCGCAUAGAAAUUACCGGUCAUUUCUUUUCACAAACAGAGCUCCAAAGUGUUUGAUUUCUUAUUACUUUGAUGAACUAUGAAUAUUUCUAGCGCCAUGUAUACUGUACUAAACCAUGCAGUAUACCAGAACGUAAUAUAUAUUAUUACGUAAUUAUAUGCGAGCGAAAAGCUAAAGCAGUUGACGCUCACUUUUUAUUUACUAAAAGGAUUCCGAACAUUUUAUACUACAAGAUAUUUGCAAAUGCGGUUAUAUGAAUGUGUGUUGGUAAAUGUGUUGUAAGAUUAGACAAUUUCAAUUAUAUUUUUUAAAUGAAGCUACUGACCAAUUUUGUGCGUAUCGUUCGUAAUAAUUGGAUCUAAUAUUUCGUGGACAAUGACGAAUAUCCGUUAACAUGGAUAUUAUUGUACUGCUUUUACGUUGCAUAUAUAAUACAAUAGUAAAUAAGUAGAAUCGGAAGCGAAACAAUGCGACGCGUACGGUAAUCGCAAUGGGAGAACUGUACGAUCGUGCGGAGGAGUUAACCAUAGCGACGAUUAAGACUAUAUAGAAACAAUGUUGCUGAAGACAAUGAUCGCGCAAUGGUAAUUAUUAUUGCCAAUUAUAUAGACAACAAGUAAAGUUGAAGAUGUGGCAAAAGACUGAAACAUUGGUGGUGAUUGUAAAAACGAACUGAUCGAGAUAAAAAAGGAAGAGAGACGAUCACAAUAAUGACGAUAAGUUAUAAAUACAGAUGUUGUUAAUGUUGUUGAUACUUGAGCAAUCAUUGUUGUUGAUGUUUGUUUCUCAUGAACUGUAACUCUUCUCGCAAGCUGUUUAUUCAUUAUAGGCUUCAUAGUUCUGCAUGACUUUCCGAACGGGCGUAAAUGUACCAAAUAGUUUCUACCAAAGACUUUAUAUUGAUUAUAUACAUUGAUUAAAUAUACGCUAGAAAGAUGCAGUGUCGACGCUUCUGAUGCAAUGUAAUAUCCCAAAUAGUUAAAUCUGGGUCAAAAGUAGAUUUCGCAGACAGUGUCUCUUCUAGAUUUUGUCGGCAAACAGAAAUGUAACAGAAUCGGCUAACAAAAUAUAAUAGCAGAUUGACUGCAAAAACUGAACAAAAUCUGCCAUUUCUAUCUGGAUAGAUAGCCAAAUUUGUCAAGAACAUAUGUAGAAACCUACUAAUUUUAUUGAUAGAAGGCUAACAGAAAUACUAACAGAAUUCGAUAACAAUGUUAAUAAUAGAUUGACUGUAGAAACUAAGCAGAAUAUCAUUUCGUACUUAUCUAACUGAUGUGUUCUAUUUAAAUGUUUACGAAAUGACAGAUUCUGUUUGAUUUUUUCCAAUAAUCUGCUGUCAGAUUGUAGCGAUUAAGGCUUAGUCAGAAUUAAAAAUACGAAUUUAAUACGGACACAGAUAAUACUGGAUAUCUUACAAUACUUAAACAAAUCUGUUGUUAUAUUGCGAGCAGUUUAUUUAUAGGGCAUUUAAAUACAUUUUAUUUGAGUGAUGACAGAUUCCGUUUUAUUUCCGUUGACAAUUUGUUGCAUUGGAAAAGAAUCGUAAUACAAUUGAUACCUAUCAUAAUAUUCUGUUCGAAUCUGUUGGUAAACCGUUAGCAUACUGCCAAAAGUUUAUUUACUAGGAUAUUGAUCAAAAACUUAUAUCAACAAAUUAUAUCAUGUUUUCGGUAUAUGGCACUUUUUUCAUCACAUCAUCAAUUUCAAGCAUCCUUCUAAUCGGAAAUAUAUAUUACAGUCCAAAGCAACAUUAUACUACUGCCAUAUUAAAGUAUGAUUAUACUUUUUCUUCCGCGGACAUGUUAAAUUCAUCCGUCGUCAUGCAUGUCCAUGAUCUGUGCACCGUAAAUUGCAAUUCGUGUAUAAACUGUUCAACAAAAAAAAAAUACGAGCACAAGAAAGAGAAUAACUGUUUGCCGUAGCUUUUUAGGUGUUAAGAUCCUGAUAAUCAAAUUGUUUUAUCCCGUCGUACAAGUUUGAGUAUUUUGCAAUUAAACUUGGGAUAUUGUAGACAUAUUACAUGCAAUAUGUGUUAGACAUAUUUUUUGCAAUCAAAAUUAUGCUAUUACUAUUAGGACUUUUAGCCAUUAAAAGGAAUUUAAAUAAAUUAAUAAGAAAAUAAUCACAAUAGAAAAACCUAUGACGGUGAUGCUGGAUCUUUCUGUUUCUAAUAUUUUAAUGCAAAUAUAUAUCAUUAUUCAACAUAGCAACUACACGCCGAUAACUUAAUCGGUCUUGAAAUACUAUUAAACUAAAGUCAAAAUAGUAUACCUAAUUAACAAUCAAUUUUAUAAAUUUAUUAUUAUUAAAUUGGUUGUUCAAAUUUUA